GGCUCUGAUGGCAGGAUGGCGGAGGCAGGGGGACCGGAGUCCGCCGCGGCCCGGUGCCCGGACGAGUCGUCGGAUAGCGAGCCGGAACAGGAGCCCGGAACCCCGCAGAAACUCAUCCGGAAAGUGUCGACGUCCGGCCAGAUCCGCAGCAAGACGGUGCUGAAGGAAGGAAACCUGAUGAAGCAAACCAACUCCUUCCAACGCUGGAAGAGACGAUACUUCAAACUGAGAGGAAGGACGCUUUACUACGCCCAAACUGCUAAGUCCAUCAUCUUUGACGAGGUGGACCUGACGGACGCCAGCGUGGCCGAGUCCAGCACCAAGAACUUCAACAACAGCUUCACAGUCAUCACUCCCUGCAGGCGUCUGAUUCUGUGUGCAGACAACAGGAAGGAGAUGGAGGAGUGGAUGGCAGCUCUGCGCAGCGUCCAGAACAGACAAAACUAUGAGUCCACCCAGUACAGCAUGGACCACUUCAGUGGGAUGCACAACUGGUACGCCUGCUCUCACGCCCGCCCGACCUACUGCAACGUCUGCAGAGAGGCGCUGUCAGGGGUGACCUCACACGGCCUGUCCUGUGAAGUGUGUAAGUUUAAGGCUCACAAACGCUGUGCAGUUCGAGCCACCAACAACUGUAAAUGGACCACGCUGGCCUCCAUCGGGAAGGACAUCAUCGAGGACGAGGACGGGGUGUCGAUGCCUCAUCAGUGGUUAGAAGGGAACCUGCCGGUGUCGGCGAAGUGUAACGUGUGUGAUAAGACGUGCGGCAGUGUCCUCCGCCUGCAGGACUGGAGGUGUCUGUGGUGUAAAGCCAUGGUUCACUCCGGCUGUAAGGAGCAGCUGUCCUCAAAGUGUCCGCUGGGUCAGUGUAAAGUGUCCGUCAUCCCUCCCACCGCCCUGAACAGCAUCGACUCUGACGGUUUCUGGAAGGCGUCCUGUCCCCCGUCCUGCACCAGUCCUCUGCUGGUGUUCGUCAACUCUAAAAGCGGAGACAACCAGGGCGUCAAAUUCCUGAGACGCUUCAAACAGCUGCUGAACCCGGCUCAGGUGUUUGACCUGAUGAAUGGAGGACCGCACCUGGGUCUCAGAUUGUUCCAGAAGUUUGAUACGUUCAGGAUCCUCGUUUGUGGAGGAGACGGCAGCGUUGGCUGGGUCCUGUCUGAGAUAGACGCUCUUACACUGCACAAACAGUGUCAGCUGGGAGUUCUUCCUCUGGGGACCGGGAAUGAUCUGGCUCGGGUUCUGGGUUGGGGUUCGGCCUGCGACGACGAUACCCAGCUGCCUCAGAUCCUGGAGAAACUAGAGAGAGCCAGCACCAAGAUGUUAGACAGGUGGAGCAUCAUGGUCUAUGAGACCAAGUUUCCACGGCAACACUCUGCCUCCACCGUCACCGAGGACUGCAGCGACGACUCUGAGGUUCAGCAGAUUCUCACCUAUGAGGACUCUGUAGCUGCUCACCUCUCCAAGAUCCUGACCUCAGACCAGCACUCCGUGGUCAUCUCCUCCGCCAAGGUCCUGUGUGAGACGGUGAAGGAUUUCGUGGCUCGUGUUGGGAAGGCGUACGAGAAGAACACGGAGAGUUCAGAGGAGUCAGAGGCGAUGGCCAAGAAGUGCGGUGUCCUGAAGGAGAAACUCGACUCUCUGCUCAAAACUCUGAACGAGGAGUCUCAGGCCUCCACCGUGCUCCCCCCGGCUCCUCCCCCCACUAUCGCCGAGGAGCAGGAGGAGGGCGAGGUGGUCGUCCUGCCUCCUCCUGUUCAUCACCCACCUCCCACCUGCUCCCCGCGGACAAACACCUCCUCGUCAUCCUCUUCGUCCGCCCCCAUCUUCAAACCUCGGGAGCAGCUGAUGCUGAGAGCCAACAGCCUGAAGAAAGCCAUCCGACAGAUCAUCGAGCACACGGAGAAAGCUGUGGACGAGCAGAACGCUCAGACCACGCAGCAGCAGCAGGUCUUCUCUCUGGGCCAGUCGGAGGAGGAGGAGGGUCUGGUGGAGGAGGAAGAGGAGGAAGAGGUGGAGGAGGAUAAGGUGUCGCUCCAGUCGUCCUACAGCGCCAAACACCGCAACACACGCAGAGUCAGCAAGACGCCCUGUGAGAAGCUGAUCAGUAAAGGCAGUCUGUCACUAGGCAGCUCUGCAUCACUUCCUGUCCAGACAGGAAGUAGGGAGAACAUGCCGAUGCUCAACACCAAGAUCCUUUAUCCUGGUCUCAGAGGUAUCUCAGGCUCUCUGUCCAGCAGCUCAGUGAUCAGUCGUCUGUUGGUGAACGCCGACCCCUUCAGCUGCGACCCCGACAACAUGGAUUGCUACACAGAGAAGUGUGUGAUGAACAACUACUUCGGGAUCGGACUGGACGCUAAAAUCUCUCUGGACUUCAACAACAAGAGAGACGAGCAUCCAGAGAAGUGCAGGAGCCGGACUCAGAACAGGAUGUGGUACGGAGUCCUGGGAACCAAAGAGCUUCUGCACAGAACCUACAAGAACCUGGAGCAGCGGGUUCUGCUGGAGUGUGACGGGCGGCCCAUCCCCCUCCCCAGCCUGCAGGGCAUCGCUGUGUUAAACAUCCCGAGCUACGCAGGAGGGACAAACUUCUGGGGAGGAACCAAAGAGGACGACACCUUCACUGCUCCGUCCUUUGAUGAUAAGAUCCUGGAGGUGGUGGCGGUGUUCGGCAGCAUGCAGAUGGCCGUGUCCCGAGUCAUCAACCUGCAGCACCACCGCAUAGCACAGUGUCGGACGGUGAAGAUCACCAUCCUGGGGGACGAGGGGGUCCCGGUGCAGGUGGACGGGGAGGCCUGGAUCCAGCCUCCAGGUUACAUCAAGAUCAUCCACAAGAACCGGACCCAGACUCUGACCAGGGACCGGGCGUUUGAGAGCACCCUGAAGUCAUGGGAGGACAAACAGAAGUGUGAGUUCCCCCGGACGCCCCCCCCUCAGCCCCCUCAGCCCCCCCUGUCCUCCCAGCCGGAGAUCCUCUCUGAGGAAGAGGCGUUACUCGUCAGUGAGUUCGGUCAGGCAGCAGGAGCUCUGAUACACAGUAUCCGUGAGGUGGCUCAGUCUCAUCACAGCAUGGAGCAGGAACUCGCUCACGCUGUCAACGCCAGCUCCAAGGCCAUGGACGUGGUCUACGCCAACUCCAGCAGCUCCGGGGCUCUGAGCUGCAGCGUCGUCCUCCACAUGGUCAGUAACGUCAAAGCGUUGCUGAGCGAGACGCAGCUGCUGCUGGCGGGAAAGAUGUCCAUGCAGCUGGAUCCUCCUCAGCAGGAACAGUUGAAUGCAGCUCUCAGCUCUGUAGCUCAGCAGCUCCGCCGGCUGGCUGAUGUCUCCUGGUUGUGUCCCGUCAUCGACCCGUCGGACCACGAGGGUCCUCUGACAGACUUUUCGAAGCGCAGUCGGAGCGGGAAGUUUCGUCUCGUCCCGAAGUUCAAGAAAGACAAAAACAACAAGAACAAGGAGACGUGUGCGACGCUGUCUCUGCCCGUUCAGCAGUGGGGGACGGAGGAGGUGGGGGCGUGGCUGGACUUUCUGUGUCUCACUGAGUAUAAGGACAUCUUUAUUGGACAUGACGUCCGCGGCGCCGAGUUGAUCCACCUGGAGAGGAGGGACCUGAAGGACCUGGGAGUAACGAAGGUGGGUCAUAUGAAGCGGAUCCUUCAGGGGAUCAGAGAGCUCAACAGGAACAGCAGCGCCAGCGAAGCCUGAAAACAGCAACAAGCAACCGCUGCCUGCUCUCCUCCUACCUCUGCUGCUACCGACGACCUCAGCCACCCGACCUGACCUCUGACCUCCCGACCCAGAACCAGAACCUGGUCUGUGACAUCACACCUGAAUCCUCACAGUGACACCCGAGAACCAAUCACACGAUCCACCAGUGCCUUGUCAUCCCACCCGCUGACCAAUCAGCAUUCAGGAGGUGGAGCCAAACUGUUACCUACCUAUCGCAGAGCAAAGACGACGGAGCGCGUCGGCUGGUCCGGUCGUCACCGUGGAAACGGGUGACUUCCUGUACACUGUAAAAAAAGAAAAUGUCCGUACAGAAGCUGAUUUGUGAUUUGACUGAUUUUAAGUGAUUUUCUACGAACUUCACGUCGUGCUACGUUAGCGUGCUACGUUAGCGUGAGAAGCUAACUGACUGAGACGAACAUCAUCAGGAGCUUCUUCAGCUGCCAGGAUCAUAACGUUUAACUGAUGAAGGUUAACGGUUUGUUUGAGCUCAUUUACAAUCAGUUUAAACCCUCCUGUCGUCCUCCCGGGUCAAAUUGACCCGACUGUUUUGACUGUUCCUUCCUUCCUUCCUUCCUUCUGUGCUUCCUCUCUCCUUUCUUUCUUUCUUUCUAUCCUUCUUCUCCCUUUCUUCCUUCCUUCUGUCCUUCCUCCCCCCUACCUUCCUCUCUUUCUUCUUCUCUCCUUCUUUCCUCCCUCCCUGCCUUCUUUCCUUUACUC